AUGACUGCAGAGAUCCAACAGCCGCCCUCCCAGACCCCUUCACAGAGCAGCCCCAUGUCCGGAGCCACCGAGAAGCAGACCACGGUCAUGGAGUCAGCCUCCUGCACCACCAAGACCAAGAAGACCAACGCCGGCAUUAGGAGGCCGGAGAAGCCCCCUUACUCUUACAUUGCCCUGAUCGUCAUGGCCAUCCAGAGCUCCCCCACCAAGAGGCUGACCCUCAGUGAGAUCUACCAGUUCCUGCAGAGCAGGUUCCCCUUCUUCAGGGGCUCCUACCAGGGCUGGAAGAAUUCCGUGAGGCACAACCUGUCCCUCAACGAGUGCUUCAUCAAGCUGCCCAAGGGGCUGGGCCGGCCAGGCAAAGGGCAUUACUGGACCAUUGACCCGGCCAGCGAGUUCAUGUUCGAGGAAGGCUCCUUCAGGAGAAGGCCCAGAGGCUUCAGGAGGAAAUGCCAAGCCUUGAAGCCCAUGUACAGCAUGAUGAAUGGUCUGGGCUUCAACCACAUACCGGAGAGCUACAGUUUCCAGGGGUCUGGAGGAGGCAUCUCCUGCCCACCCAACAAUCUGGCACUGGACAGUGGCUUAGGCAUGAUGAAUGGGCAUUUGUCAAGCAACGUGGACGGGAUGGGGUUAACUGGGCAUCCUGUGUCGCACCUGGCUGCCAACGGGGGGCACUCAUACAUGGGCAGCUGCACAGGCUCCUCAGGAGGUGAUUACUCCCACCACGAUUCGGGGUCUCCACUCCUUGGAGGAGGGGGCGUCAUGGAGCCUCAUUCGGUGUACAGCAGCUCAGCUUGGGCGCCGACCUCUUCUGCCCUCUCAGGAGGGGCACCCUACAUCAAGCAACAGCCCCUGUCACCCUGCAACUCUGCCACCAACCCUUUGUCCUCCAGCCUGUCAUCCCACUCCCUGGAGCAGCCCUACCUGCACCAAAACAGCCACAACACGUCCGAUUUACAAGGUAUCCCCAGGUAUCACUCCCAGUCGCCCAGCAUGAAUGACAGAAAAGAGUUUGUCUUCUCGUUCAAUGCCAUGGCCUCCUCCUCCAUGCACGCAGGCAGCGGAUCUUAUUACCACCAGCAAGUCAGUUAUCAGGACAUCAAGCCGUGUGUGAUGUGAUCCCUGACAGCAGCAGGCCAGAAAUGGGCCCCCUCACCCCGGACUCUGCA